AUGUAUUUACAACUAUGCUUUAUAUUCGUUUCUUAUUCAUACUUUAAGCAAAAUUGGUUUAAGCAGAAACGAGUAGACAAUUGUUUUUCAAAAAUAAAAGAAAUCAACAUAAAUGGUAACCACAUUUUUAACAAAGUAAACAAUAGCUCUUCAAAGCCUCCAUGCGCUCAUUUUUUGGAAGGCGCAUUAGUAGAGUCAAUAUUCCUUGUACCGAGUAAAAAGGUAUUUAACUUACUUUUAGAUCUCUUAAGGACUGAAGCCACAGUAGCAGGCACCAUCUUGGCAAAUGGGGGCAACGGCUUUGCCACCAGCAGCAGCCUGGCACUUGUCAUUGCAAGAGUUGUCGGGGCAAGAGUAAUCACAAGCACGCUUGGAGAGGCCAAAGGGAGUGGCAGAGGUGGCAGAGGCAAAGGCCAAGACGGCGAAGAGGGAGGCAAGGAUGGUCUUUUGGAAAAGCAUGUUGAUGAAGAUGAAGAUGAAAUUAGUUUCGAAAAUUAG